AUGGCAUCCAAGAUUCCAACCAUAGAUUUUCUCAAGACCGAGCUGAAACCAGGUUCUUUAGAAUGGGAAUUAACAAAAGCUCAAGUCCUCCAAGCCUUAAAAGAGUAUGGUUGCUUUGAAGCAAUAUAUGAUAAGGUUCCAAAGGAAAUUGGAGAAACCAUGUUCGAUGCUUUAAAAGAAGCAUUUCCAUUGGAGUCCAAAGUGAGAGAGUUUAUAGACAAACCCUUUGAUCGCAAUGUGGUAAAGUCCUACUCAAAGUCACUUAUGGAGUUAAAUGAAAUGCUGAUAAGGAUGAUUUUAGAGAGUUUGGGGCUAAAAAAUUACAUUGAUGAAUUCUUGGAUCAGCAAGUUUUUAUUUUACGAUUUAUGAACUACAAGAAGGAAGUUCAAGGUGAAGAUGUGAGCAAACCAAGAUUAAUUGGCCAUACAGACACUGGCUUCUUGACAAUAGUGAAACAAGAUCAAGUUGGAUUGCAACGGAUUGAGUCCAAUCCUUCUCCUGAUUCCUUUGUCAUUUUAGCAGAUGAUGCCUUGAGGAUAAGUGCGUGGACAAAUGAUCAAAUACAAUCUGCUUUUCAUAGAGUAACAAUAGCGGGCGACAUUGAACGUUUCUCCAUCAUGUUAUUUUCAUCGCCAAAACCAGGCAAAAUUAUAGAGGCUCCAAAAGAAAUGGUGGAUGAGGAACACCCGAUACUCUUCAAGCCCUUUGACAUUGUUGGAUAUAUUAAAUAUCGUAUGACAGGAGCUGAUAAUGAAGCUAGAGAUGCUCUCAAAACGUAUUGUGGUGUUUAA